AUGGAACUACCGGUGUAUGCCGCUGAGCGAGAAGGGCCUGCUCAUGCUCCUCGAUUUAGAUGUAAGGUUACUGUUUGUGGACAGACUUUCCAGAGCCAAGAAUUCUUCCCCACGCUCAAAGCGGCUGAACAUGGCGCUGCAAAAGUAGCAAUGGCUUCGUUGGCACCGCUGAGUCCAGAGGCUAGUUCUUAUUCAUUUUGGACCGGAAUUGACGUUGCUUACAAGAACCUGUUACAAGAAAUUGCUCAGAAAGAAAGUUCUCUUUUACCAGUUUAUGCAACUGCUACUUCUGGUCCAUCACAUGCACGUACCUUUGUUUCAACUGUUGAGUUUGCCGGGAAGGUUUUCAGAGGAGAAGAGGCAAAAACCAAAAAGCUGGCUGAAAUGAGUGCUGCUAAAGUAGCUUUUAUGAGUAUCAAAUAUGGGCACCAGGACCAAACCUCAUCAACUUCUCUGCCUUGUGAGAGACAAGAAGCUGCAAGUUUAAAUGUGAAGAGCAAUCUACAAGAGAUCCCUUCCCAACCUUCGAAGAUGGUGACCCCUGAUGUUCCAUCAAAGUGGAUUGAAGUGUAUGAAGAUGAACUCGAAGAUGUUCGUAUUGCACCAGCCAAUAAUGCAACGGAGAUAAACAUUGCUCAUGCACCACCCGAUAAUGCAAAGGAGAUGAACAUUGCUACUGCUUUCCAGGUGCAUGAGAAUCCUGCAAACGUUUGUACGCCAAAUGCAGCAGCUACUAAUGCCAUGGAUAUGAUGAACAUUGCUGCUGCUUCUUUGCCCAUACCUCAGAAUCCCACAAACGAAGGUAAUGAAACAUCAUCAUGCGUCGAAGAGAGUGAGAAAAAGCUCAUAAUGGGAACUGGCCACCUUAGUAUACNAAGUGGCCAACAUGUAGUUUGUUGUCCAUGGAAACCCGAGAUGACUCUUCCUCGAGACGCGGAGAUGCUCUUUAGAGAUGAUAGAUUCAUUGCUUAUCGUCUCGUGAAGCCCUAA